AUGGCUGGCGGUGGUGGUGGCCCUGACAGGGAGCUCGAUCAGACUCCGACGUGGGCUGUCGCCGGUGUCUGUUUCACUAUCAUUGUUAUUUCUAUAGCUUUAGAGAAGAUUAUUCACCUGGUCGGACAUUGGUUUCAACGUAGAAAAAAAGCUGGUUUGCUUGAAGCUCUUGAGAUAGUUAAAGCGGAGCUUAUGGUUUUGGGAUUCAUUUCUUUGAUACUAACAUUUGCACAACAGCACAUCGCUCAGUUGUGCAUUCCUGUAAGCUAUGCCAAUACGAUGUUGCCUUGUCCUUACCAUAAGUCUGAGGAUCACAGUGGUGGUGGUGGUAAAGGUGGUGGAGGAGGAGGAGGUCAUCGCAGGCUCUUAUGGUAUGAGCAGGAGCGCAGAAUUUUAGCUGCUGGUAGCAUGGGCGCAGGCUGUUCGAAGGGAAAAGUGCCGCUUAUCUCUAUAAAUGGAUUACACCAGUUGCACAUCUUCAUCUUCUUCUUAGCAGUAUUUCACGUUGUAUAUGGUGCCAUAACCAUGACACUGGGAAGAUUAAAGAUUCGUGAGUGGAAGAAGUGGGAACGAGAAGCUGUAAAUGAUCAGGACUUCAAUGAUCCUACGAAAUUUAGGCUUACUCACGAGACAUCAUUUGUGAGAGACCACACAAAAUCUUGGACUAAAACAAAAUUCACCUUCUACUUUGUAAGCUUUUUUCGACAAUUCUUUAGGUCUGUUCGUAGGGCUGAUUUCUUGACCAUGCGACACGGAUUCGUCUCUGUUCAUUUAGCACCCGGAAGCAAGUUUGAUUUUCAAAAAUAUAUCAAAAGAUCGUUAGAAGAUGACUUUAAGGUGGUUGUGGGAAUCAGUCCACUGUUAUGGACUACGAUGACGCUAUUUUUGCUUCUCAAUGUUCAUGGAUGGGAGGCUAUGUUUGUCUUGUCCAUGCUUCCUCUAGUUAUAAUCUUAGCUGUUGGAACAAAGCUGCAAGGAAUUAUAACUCAAAUGGCAAUUGAAAUCCAAGAAAGACAUGCUGUGGUGCAAGGGAUACCUCUGGUGCAAGUCACUGAUAAGCAUUUUUGGUUCAGCUGGCCGGAGCUGGUGCUUUAUUUGAUCCAUUUUGUCCUGUUCCAGAAUGCCUUUGAGAUAACAUAUUUCUUUUGGAUAUGGGUAAAAACGACUAAACCUAAGUGCCUCUUAUGA